GCCCUGGCCGCUUAAGAACCCCGGAACGUGCGUCAGCGCCACCUCACAAUCGCGCCGCCCCCCGCGGUGCGUCCCGGCACGCGCGGGCGCGAGGCCACCGCGCCCCCGUCGCCCCUCCCCGCCCCUCAUUAAUAUGCAGACGCAGCCGGGGGCGCGCUCGCGCUCCCGGGAGGGCGGGAGCGAGCUGCGCGUCUCCUCGGGCCUCUCCGCUCCCGGGGAAAUGGAAAGGCCCGUUGGGGCGGGGGUCGGCUGGCUGACAGAGGUCGGGAGCACGGGGUGGGCGCGCGCACGAGGGCAAGCACGCGCCUGGGAGGGAGGGACGGUUCCUGGGCAACGGCCCCUCCCUGGCGCGGGAUCGGCGCAGAACCUGCCCGGGUCGCACGCGUCUCCGCCCCUCGCGGUGCCUCCUCCUUCCUGUCACCUCGGUUCCGCCCUAGGUGAGGAGAAGCCCUGCCGCACCACUUGGGCUUCCCAGGGCGGGGCUGCCCCGUGGGGGAAACUGAGGCCCGGGACCUCGACCAGCGCCUGCGCCGUGCGAGCCCGCGUAGAAAUAGAUGCCCGAGGACCCCAGCGCAAGGCGAGAGAGCCCAGCGCAACCCGGGGGGUCCUGUGGUGAACUCGCAUCUGGGCUCUGCAGGCUUGAAGUCCGCUGAGCGCCUGGCGCCUCGCCCCGCACCUCUAGACCCCGAAUGCCGGGUCUAGGACCCCCUCGUCGCCCUAGGAAGCUCCCUCUAAGCUUGUUUCUGUUUUUAGGCGCUGGUAGGGGUGCUGUCACCGACAUCCUAUAGCCGCCGAGAGUGUUUCUGUAGGGUAAACAAGAAGCCUCGGAGCCCCAGCUGUAUUCCAGGCAUUUUCACUUGGGUAAGAAGUAACAAAGUCCCUGGAACAAACACGCUCCGCGUGGUUAUUUACACACUCCGAUGCGUGGAACGGGUUCCACGGCGAGCUCCCAUGGUAACCCCGGGCCAGCUCCGUUUCAUAAAAGCGUUUCAUGUGCCAUCAUCAGGGCUGCAACAUGGGACUCCUCCCAACCACAUUCAUUCUGGCGUCCCCGCCCCUUCCCCCCAGGGAGACUCUAAUUUAUUCCUAAGCUUUAUGAAUUUUCAAGGGAGAAAUAGUUCUUACAUCAGGGAAAAAAAGGAGGUUCUGACUCAGCAGCAGACUUGUUGAGACUUGCAAAAUGGAAGGGAGAGAGCUUUCCAGGGUAGAGCUCUUUAGAAGCGUUGGAGGAGGAACUAAUCCUGUGUAUUUCCUUUUGUAUAGAAACAUUUUACAUACAGUAUUUGAAGGUCUAGAUAAAGAAUGACAGAGUGAUCCAUACUACAUGAUGAGAUGAACUUCAUGAUCCUGUUUUGUAAUUUUAACGUUUUGCUUGAUGCUUAGAGAAAUGAAACUAUUAAAUGAAUCCUAGAAUAUAGACUCUUAACCCCCAAAGUAAUGGAAGGUAGAUUCAGACUUUACUUGAUUUUGGUUUACAAGUGAACUAAGAUUAAAUAUUUAAUUUUAUAAAUUACUAUACUUUUACUGAUGUAGGCAGAGUGUACAUUUUUAUAAGUCCUCAUUCUGUAUUUGAAUUCUACUUCUGUUCAGUGUCUUAAAUUUAUAUAAAUUGAAAUAAACACGGUAGAAAGAGAGCAAUAUUGCCCCAGGGAACUGUAUUUCGUGUAUAAUGUUUAUCUCUGCUAUCCUGUCCAAUGAACCAAGUUUUAUGUUGCCUUUACAAUAAGGAAAAAGUAUGUUUUUAAAAACUCAUAAAUGGUUCAGAAUUUGGUCAGGUGAAUAGAAAAUUGGUUCAACUUAUUAAUCUCAAAAUCAUUUUUAACAAUCAGGCAAAAUGUAGAACUGGAGAAGUACUUUUUUUCUAAAUUACAAUGUCUAGAAAAUAACUGGAGCUCAGAAUUUAAAAUAUAAAUGGUUAUUUUUGCAGUACAUAUUGACAUCUUACUCAUUUUUUAAAAGGUAUUGUGCAGGAAAAAAAAACUACUUCUGCAACCAAGGAAUGUAAAAUCUUAAAAACGGAUGAAUUUUUUUCCAAGUACAGAUGUAUUUGAUUGGAAUCAUUUGCAGAUCCAACAACAAAUCUUGAAAUAGGGGGAAAAUACAGGCAUAAACCUUAGCUGUAUCAUCCAUUAACAUUGCAGUUAGUAAAGAGGAGAGAGCACAUACUUUUAAAAGCUAACUGGUGCCUUUCUGGGCUAGAGUUUUGAACAAAAACAAGAUUUAUUAGUACUCUGAUACUAGUUUUGUUUUAGAGGAUUUAGAGCUCUCUGAAGUGGGGAAAAGCCAUCAAGUUUGUUGUUACAUAAUAAUGUCAAACUUCCUAUUAAGUACACCAAAUUCCAAAUCCUGCCAGGGCCUCUACUCACUACGUUUGUGAGGGCCCCGUUUUUUUAGAGCAGAAAGUUACUUUCUGACAUCUUGUAAGCUGGUGAUCUUGCCCUUAUUGAAAAUAUUCAAAUGAAAAGAUUUCCUAGAGUGGGGAGUGGAGUGGGGUAGGAAGAAGGAGCAGCACGUGGUGGGGAGGGACUAUGGUCCUCUAGCAGUUUCCAUGCCAAGUCUUAUGAGUCCAUUUUAUGAUUUUUUUUUUGUUUUUUACGUGAAAAUAUUUUGACUCAUGAUCAUUAACUAGGACCUUGACUUUGUGUUUGACAGUCCCUUAUUCAUUUACUCCCACUGUCCUGGGCAAGUGUUUUUAAAAAUAUUUUUGCUACAACCCAAUAUACAUGCAACAAACUCCUUUUUAUAAUUUUAAUUUUAAAAUCACGUUUGAUCUCAAAUUCCAAAGUUGGUUUUAACACCUUCUAUCAGAUUAUGAGCUGAAAUUUAAAACCACUGUCCUAGAAGACCAUUGCAAACAUUCUGCUCUGUCUGAAAACCUCUUGUCACAUCUCUCCUACAUGCAUCUGCUAGCAUUAUGGCACUCUCAGCUGCUGAGCUACAUGCUUAUUUCACUGAGAAAAGAGAAGCAACCACAGGAGAACUUCCACAGUCUCCAUCUGUCCCUGCACACCUUGCCUUCCCUCCCGAUACAACGGAUGGCCCAUCUGUCUGCACUCCUGUCUAAGGCCAGCCUCUCCGCUGGCAGAGUAGAUCCUACCCCUAACCUACUCAAGACAUGGGCUCCAACAGUUUUCUCUCUCUCUCCUUCAUCAUGACCUCUUUCCUCUUGAGGAAACACUUCCAUGUGCACAAAAACAUGCUUUACUAGUUCUCACCUUUGAAAAAUAAAGCCAAAACUUUUUGACCGUAUAUUCUCCCUCCUUUAGCUACUACCUUCUUUUUCUGCUUUUACAUUAUGUGAACAACUUGCCAGUUUGACUGAGUGUCUCAUAGACACCUCAAAUAAACACAUCCAAAAUUAAACUCUGCCUCACUAGUCCUGAUCCCUGUGGCGCUCCAUUGUUCUAGUUCCCAUUUGGCACUCCAUUGUUCUAGUUGCUCAGGCCAAAAACCCUGGAGUCAUUCUUCGCUUCUGUCCUUCUUGCAUCAUAUCCAAGCCAUCAGAACAUGUUGCUGGUCCUACCUUUAAAUUACUGGCAUAACCUAGAGAUACCGUGGGUUCCAGAUUACCACAAUAAAGCAAAUAUCCCAGUAAAGCAAGGCAAACCAAUUUUUUGGUUUCCCAGUGCAUGUAAAAGUUAUGUUUAUAGUAUAGUCUAAAUAUAACUUGUAAUUAUGUUUAAAUAAGUACACAAUAGCAUUAUUCUGAAAAAUAUGCACACAUUAAUUUAAAAAUACUGCUAAAAAGUGCUAAUGAUCAUCUGAGCCUUCAGCAAGUCAUAAUCUUUUUGUCAGUGGAGGGUUUUGUCUCAACAUUCAUGGCUGCUGACUGAUCAGCAUGGUGGUGGCUGAAGGAGGAGGUGGUUGUGGCAAU